AUGUUGGGAGAAUGUGCGUGUGAAGGGGAGACGUUUAAGGGGGAGACGGUUGUGGGGCGCAGGUUGGGAGAAGGUGCGUGUGAAGGGGAGACGUUUAGGGGGGAGACGUUUGUGGGGCGCAGGUUGGGAGAAGGUGCGUGUGAAGGGGAGACGUUUAGGGCGGAGACGUUUGUGGGGCGCAAGUUGGGAGAUGGUGCGUGUGAAGGGGAGACGUUUAGGGGGGAGACGUUUGUGGGGCGCAGGUUGGGAGAAGGUGCGUGUGAAAGGGAGACGUUCAGGGGGGAGACGUUUGUGGGGCGCAGGUUGGGGGAAGGUGCGUGUGAAGGGGAGACGUUUGUGGGGCGCAAGUUGGGAGUAGGUUGGGAGAAGGUGCAUGUGAAGUGGAGACGUUUAGGGGGGGAGACGUUUGGUGGGCGCAUGUUGGGAGAAUGUGCAUGUGAAGGGGAGACGUUUAAGGGGGAGACGUUUGUGGGGCGCAGGUUGGGAGAAGGUGCGAGUGAAGGGGAGACGUUUAGGGAGGAGACGUUUGUGGGGCGCAGGUUGGGAGAAGGUGCGUGUGAAGGGGAGACGUUUAGGGCGGAGACGUUUGUGGGGCGCAAGUUGGGAGAAUUUGCGUGUGAAGGGGAGACGUUUAGGAGGGAGACGUUUGUCGGGCGCAGGUUCGGAGAAGGUGCGUGUGAAGGGGAGAUGUUUAGGGGGGAGACGUUUGUGGGGCGCAGGUUCGGAGAAGGUGCGUGUGAAGAGGAGACGUUUAGGAGGGAGACGUUUGUGGGGCGCAGGUUCGGAGAAGGUGCGUGUGAAGGGGAGACAUUUAGGGGGGAGAUGUUUGUGGGGCGCAAGUUCGGUGAAGGUGCGUGUGAAGGGGAGACGUUUAGGGGCGAGACGUUUGUGGGGCGCAGGUUCGGACAAGGUGCGAGUGAAUGGGAGACGUUUAGGGGGGAGACGUUUGUGGGGCGCAGGUUCGGAGAAGGUGCGUGUGAAAGGGAGACUUUUAAGAGGGAGACGUUUGUGGAGCGCAGGUUCGGAGAAGGUGCGUGUGAAGGGGAGACGUUUAGGGGGGAGACGUUUGUGGGGCGCAGGUUGGGGGAAGGUGCGUGUGAAUGGGAGACGUUCAGGAGGGAGACAUUUGUGGGGCGCAGGUUGGGAGAAGGUGCGUGUGAAGGGGAGACGAUUGUGGGGCGCAAGUUGGGAGAAGGUGCGUGUGAAGGGGAGACGUUUAGGCUGGAGACGUUUGUGGGGCACAGGUUGGGAGAAGGUGCAUGUGAAGGGGAGACGUUUAGGGGGGAGACGUUUGGGGGGCGCAGGAUGGGAGAAGGUGCGUGUGAAGGGGAGACGUUUAGGGGGGAGACGUUUGGGGGGCGCAUGUUGAGAGAAGGUGCGUGUGAAGGGGAGACGUUUAGGGGGGAGGUGCGUGUGAAGGGGAGACGUUUAGGGGAGAGAUGUUUGUGGGGCGCAGGUUGGGAGAAGGUGCGUGUGAAGGGGAAACGUUUGUGGGGCGCAAGUUGGGAGAAGGUGCGUGUGAAGGGGGGACUUUCAGGGGGGAGACGUUGGUUGGGGGAAGGUGCGUUUGAAGGGGAGACGUUUGUGGGGCGCAAGUUGGGAGAAGGUGUGUGUGAAGGGGAGACGUUUAGGGGGGAGACGUUUGUGGGGCGCAGGUUGGGCGAAGGUACGUGUGAAGGGGAGACGUUUAGGGGGGAGACGUUUGUGGGGCGCAGGUUGGGAGAAGGUGCCUGUAAAAGGGAGACGUUUAGUGGGGAGACGUUUGGUGGGCGCAUGUUGGGAGAAGGUGCGUGUGAACGGGAGACGUUUAGGGGGGAGACGUUUGGGGGGCGCAUGUUGGGAGAAGGUGCGUGUGAAGGGGAGACGUUUAGGGGGGAGACGUUUGUGGGGCGCAGUUUGGGAGAAGGGGCGUGUGAAGGGGAGACGUUUACGGGGAAGACGUUUGUGGGGCGCAGGUUGGGAGAAGGUGCGUGUGAAGGGGAGACGUUUGUGGGACGCAAGUUGGGAGAAGGUGCGUGUGAAGGGGUGACCUUGAGGGGGGAGACGUUUGUGGGGCGCUGGUUGGCAGAAGGUGCGUGUGAAAGUGAGACGUUCAGGGGCGAGACGUUUGUGGGGCGCAGGUUGGGGGAAGAUGCGUUUGAAGGGGAGACGUUUGUGGGGCGCAAGUUGGGAGAAGGUGUGUGUGAAGGGGAGACGUUUAGGGGGGAGACGUUUGUGGGGCGCAGGUUGGGCGAAGGUUGGGAGAAGGUGCAUGUGAAGGGGAGACGUUUAGGGGGGGAGACGUUUGGAGGGCGCAUGUUGGGAGAAGGUGCGUGUGAAGGGGAGACGUUUAGGGGGGAGACGUUUGCGGGGCGCAGGGGAGAUGUUGUGGGGCGCAUGUUGGGAGAAGAGGCGUAUGAAGGGGAGACGUUUAUGAGGGAGACGUUUGUGGAGCGCAGGUUGGGAGAAGGGGCGUGUGAAGGGGAGACGUUUACGGGGAAGACGUUUGUGGGGCGCAGGUUGGGAGAAAGUGCGUGUGAAGGGGAAACGUUUAGGGGGGAGACGUUUGUGGGGCGCAGGUUGAGAGAAGGUGCGUGUGAAGGGGAGACGUUUGUGGGGCGCAUGUUGGGAGAAGGUGCGUAUAAAGGGGAGACGUAUAGGGGGAAGACGUUUGUGGGGCGCAGGUUGGGAGAAGGUUCGGAGAAGGUGGCGCGCAGGUUCGGAGAAGGUGUGUGUGAAGGGGAGACGUUUAGGGGGGAGACGUUUGUGGCGCGCAGGUUCGGAGAAGGUGCGUGUGAAGGGGAGACGUUUAGGGGGGAGACGUUUGUGACGCAGAGGUUCGGAGAAGGUGCGUGUGAAGGGGAGACGUUUAGGGGUGAGACGUUUGUGGGGCGCAGGUUGGGAGAAGGUGCGUGUGAAGGGGAGACGUUUAGGGGGGUGGCGUUUGGGGGGCGCAGGUUGGGAGAAGGUGCGUGUGAAGGGGAGACGUUUAGGGGGGAGACGUUUGGGGGGCGCAUGUUGGGAGAAGGUGCGUGUGAAGGGGAGAGGUUUAAGGGUGAGAUGUGUGUGGGGCGCAGGUUGGGAGAAGGAGCGUGUGAAUGGGAGACGUUUAGGGGGGAGACGUUUGGGGGGCGCAUGUUGGGAGAAGGUGCGUGUGAAGGGGAGACGUUUAGGGGGGAGACGUUUGUGGGGCGCAGGUUGGGAGAAGGUGCGUGUGAAGGGGAGACGUUUAGGGGGGUGAUGUUUGUGGGGCGCAGGUUGGGAGAAGGUGCGUGUGAAUGGGAGAUGUUUAGGGGGGAGACUUUUGUGGGGCGCAGGUUGGGAGAAGGUGCGUGUGAAGGGGAGACGUUUAGGGGGGAGACUUUUCUGGGGCGCAGGUUCGGAGAAGGUGCGUGUGAAGGGGAGACGUUUAGGGGGGAGACAUUUGUGGGGCGCAGGUUGGGAGAAGGUGCGUGUGAAGGGGAGACGUUUAGGGGGGAGACGUUUUUGGGGCGCAUGUUGGGAGAAGGUUCUAACCUUUUGGAUCUAUGUAAUUCCCUAUUCUCCCUCUUUCCAUCCCCCUGUCCAAUUCUCCCUCUUUCCAUCACCCCGCCCCAUUCUCCCUCUUUCCAUCAUCCAGCCAUCUCCCUCUUUCCAUCACCCUGCCCCAUUCUCCCUCUUUCCAUCACCCAGCCCCAUUCUCCCGCUUUCCAUCACCCCGCCCCAUUCUUCCGCUGUCCAUCACCCUGCCCCAUUCUCCCGCUUUUUAUCACCCAGCCUCAUUCUCCCUCUUUCCAUCACCCAACCCCAUUCUCCCUCUUUCCACCCCGCCCCAUUCUCCCGCUUUCCAUCUCCCCGCCCCAUUCUCCCUCAUUCCAUCACCUCGCCCCAUUCUUCUGCUUUCCAUCACUCCGCCCCGUCCCUCUUUCCAUCACACCGCCCCAUCCAUCACCCCGCACCAUUCUCCCUCUUGCCAUCACUCCGCCCCAUUCUCCCUCUUUCCAUCACCCCGACCCAUUCUCCCUCUUUCCAUCACCCCGCCCCAUUCUCCCGCUUUCCAUCACCCCGCCCCAUUUUCCCGCUUUCCAUCACCCGGUCCCAUUCUCCAUCUUUCCAUCACCCCGCCCUAUUCUCCCUCUUUCCAUUUAUCACCCAGCCCAUUUCUCCCUCUUUCCAUCACCCCGCCUCAUUCUCCCUCUUUCCAUCACCCCGCCCUAUUUUCCCUCUUUCCAUCACCCCGCCCCAUUCUCCCGCUUUCCAUCACCCCGCCCCAUUCUCCCCCUUUCCAUCACCCCGCCCCGUUCUCCCGCUUUCCAUCACCCCGCCCCGUUCUCCCGCUUUCCAUCACCCCGACCCGUUCUCCCGCUUUCCAUCACCCCGCCCCGUUCUCCCGCUUUCCAUCACCCUGCCCCGUUCUCCCGCUUUCCAUCACCCCGCCGCGAUCUCCCGCUUUCCAUCACCCCGCCCCAUUCUCCCUCUUUACAUCACCCCGCCCCACUCUCCCUCUUUCUAUCACCCAGCCCCAUUCUCCCGCUUUCCAUCACGCCGCCCCAUUCUCCCUCUUUCCAUCACCCCGCCCCAUUCUCCCUCCUUCCAUCACCCGCCCCAUUCUCCCGCUUUCCAUCACCCCGGCCCAUUCUCCCGCUUUCCAUCACCCCGCCCUAUUCUCUCGCUUCCCAUCACCCCGCCCCAUUCUCCCUCUUUCCCUCACCCAGCCCAUUUCUCCCUCUUUCCAUCACUCUGCCCAUUUCUCCCUCUUUCCAUCACCCCGCCCCAUUCUCCCUCUUUCCAUCACCCCGCCCCAUUCUCCCUCUUUCCAUCACCUCGCCCCAUUCUUCCGCUUUCCAUCGCCCCGCCCUAUUCUUCCGCUUUCCAUCACCCCGCCCAAUUCUCCCUCUAAUCAUCACCCCGCCCCAUUCUCCCGAUUUCCAUCACCCCGCCCCAUUCUCCCGCUUUCCAUCGCCCCGCCCCAUUCUCCCGCUUUCCAUCGUCCCGCCCCAUUCUCCCACUUUCCAUCACCCCGCCCCAUUCUCCCUCUUUCCAUCACCCUGCCCCAUUCUCCCUCCUUCUAUCGCCCCACCCCAUUCUCCCUCUUUCCAUCGCCCCGCCCCAUUCUCCCUCUUUCCAUCGCCCCGCCCCAUUCUCCCUUUUUCCAUCGCCCCGCCCCAUUCUCCAGCUUUCCGUCACCCUGCCCCAUUGUCCAUCUUUCAAUCGCCCCGCCCCGUUCUCCCGCUUUCCAUUGCCCCGCCCCGUUCUCCCGCUUUCCAUCACCCGCCCCAUUCUCCCAAUUUCCAUCACCCCGCCCCAUUCUCCCGCUUUCAAUCACCCCGCCCCAUUCUCCCGUUUUCAAUCACCCCGCCCCAUUCUCCCGCUUUCCAUCACCCCGCCCCAUUCUCCCGCUUUCAAUCACCCUGCCCCAUUCUCCCACUUUGCAUCGCCCCGCCCUAUUCUCCCGCUUUCCAUCGCCCCGCCCCAAUCUCCCGCUUUCCAUCACCCCGCCCCAUUCUCCCUCUUUCCAUCACCCCGCCCCAUUCUGCCUCUUCCCAUCGCCCCGCCCCAUUCUCCCUCUUUCCAUCACCCCGCCCCAUUCUCCCACUUUCCAUCACCCCGCCUCAUUCUCCCUCUUUCCAUCGCCUCACCCCAUUCUCCCGCUUUCCCUCGCCCCGCUCCAUUCUCCCUCUUUCCAUCACCCAGCCCCAUUCUCCCUCUUUCCAUCACCUUGCCCCAUUCUCCCUCUUUCCAUCACCCUUCCCCAUUCUCCCUCUUUCCAUCACCCCGCCCCAUUCUCCCUCUUUCCAUCACCCCGCCCCAUUCUCCCGCUUUCCAUCACCCCGCCCCAUUCUCCCGCUUUCCAUCACCCCGCCUCAUUCUCCCUCUUUCCAUCGCCCCGCCCCAUUCUCCCUCUUUCCAUCGCCCCGCCCUAUUUUCCCGCUUUCCAUCUCCCCGCCCCAUUCUCCCGCUUUCCAUCACCCCGCCCCAUUCUCCCGCUUUCCAUCACCUCGCCCCAUUCUCCCGCUUUCAAUCACCCCACCCCUUUCUCCCGCUUUCCAUCACCCCGCUUCAUUCUCCCGCUUUCCAUCACCCCACCCCAUUCUCCCGCUUUCCAUCGCCCCUCCCCAGUCUCCCGCUUUCCAUCGCCCCGCCCCAAUCUCCCGCUUUCCAUCACCCCGCCCCAUUCUCCCUCUUUCCAUCACCCCGCCCCAUUCAGCCUCUUCCCAUCGCCCCGCCCCAUUCUCCCUCUUUCCAUCACCCCGCCCAUUCUCCCGCUUUCCAUCACCCCGCCUCAUUCUCCCUCUUUCCAUCGCCCCACCCCAUUCUCCUGCUUUCCUUCGCCCCGCCCCAUUCCCCGUCUUUCCAUCACCCAGCCCCAUUCUCCCUCUUUCCAUCACCCAGCCCCAUUCUCCCUCUUUCCAUCACCCCGCCCCAUUCUCCCUCUUUCCAUCACCCCGCCCCAUUCUCCCUCUUUCCAUCACCCCGCCCCAUUCUCUCGAUUUCCACCACCCCGCCCCAUUCUCCCUCUUUCCAUCGCCGCGCCCCAUUCUCCCGCUUUCCAUCACCCCGCCUCAUUCUCCCUCUUUCCAUCGCCCCGCCCCAUUCUCCCUCUUUCCAUCGCCCCGCCCUAUUUUCCCGCUUUCCAUCUCCCCGCCCCAUUCUCCCGCUUUCCAUCACCCCGCCCCAUUCUCCCGCUUUCCAUCACCUCGCCCCAUUCUCCCGCUUUCAAUCACCCCACCCCUUUCUCCCGCUUUCCAUCACCCCGCUUCAUUCUCCCGCUUUCCAUCACCCCACCCCAUUCUCCCGCUUUCCAUCGCCCCUCCCCAGUCUCCCGCUUUCCAUCGCCCCGCCCCAAUCUCCCGCUUUCCAUCACCCCGCCCCAUUCUCCCUCUUUCCAUCACCCCGCCCCAUUCAGCCUCUUCCCAUCGCCCCGCCCCAUUCUCCCUCUUUCCAUCACCCCGCCCAUUCUCCCGCUUUCCAUCACCCCGCCUCAUUCUCCCUCUUUCGAUCGCCCCACCCCAUUCUCCUGCUUUCCUUCGCCCCGCCCCAUUCCCCGUCUUUCCAUCACCCAGCCCCAUUCUCCCUCUUUCCAUCACCCAGCCCCAUUCUCCCUCUUUCCAUCACCCCGCCCCAUUCUCCCUCUUUCCAUCACCCCGCCCCAUUCUCCCUCUUUCCAUCACCCCGCCCCAUUCUCUCGAUUUCCACCACCCCGCCCCAUUCUCCCUCUUUCCAUCGCCGCGCCCCAUUCUCCCUCUUUCCAGCACCCCGCCCCAUUCUCCCGCUUUCCAUCACCCCGCCCCAUUCCCCCUCUUUCCAUCGCCCCGCCCCAUUCUCCCUCUUUCCAUCACCCAGCCCCAUUCUCCCUCUUUCCAUCACCCAACCCCAUUCUCCCUCUUUCCAUCACCCCGCCCCAUUCUCCCUCUUUCCAUCACCCCGCCCCAUUCUCCCUCUUUCCAUCACCCCGCCCCAUUCUCCCUCUUUCCAUCACCCCGCCCCAUUCUCCCGAUUUCCACCACCCCGCCCCAUUCUCCCUCUUUCCAUCGCCGCGCCCCAUUCUCCCUCUUUCCAUCACCCCGCCCCAUUCUCCCGCUUUCCAUCACCCCGCCCCAUUCCCCCUCUUUCCAUCGCCCCGCCCCAUUCUCCCUCUUUCCAUCACCCAGCCCCAUUCUCCCUCUUUCCAUCACCCAACCCCAUUCUCCCUCUUUCCAUCACCCCGCCCCAUUCUCCCUCUUUCCAUCACCCCGCCCCAUUCUCCCUCUUUCCAUCACCCCGCCCCAUUCUCCCUCUUUCCAUCACCCCGCCCCAUUCUCUCGCUUUCCAUCGCCCCGUCCCAUUCUCCCUCUUUCCAUUGCCCCGCCCCAUUCUCCCGCUUUCCAUCAUCCCGCCCCAUUCUCUAUCUUUCCAUCACCCCGCCCCGUUCUCCCUCUUUCCAUUACCCCGCCCCGUUCUCCCGCUUUCCAUCACCCCGCCCCAUUCUCCCGCUUUCCAUCACCCUGCCCCAUUCUCCCUCUUUCCAUCACCCAGCCCCAUUCCCCUUCUUUCAAACACCCCGCCCCAUUAACCCUAUUUCCAUCACCCAGCCCCAUUCUCCCUCUUUCCAUCACCCCACCCCAUUCUCCCUCUUUCCAUCACCCCGCCCCAUUCUCCCUCUUUCCAUCACCCCGCCCCAUUCUCCCUCUUUCUAUCACCCAGCCCUAUUCUCCCGCUUUCCAUCACCCCGCCCCAUUCUCCCGCUUUCCAAACGUCUCCCCCCUAAACGUCUCCCCUUCACAAGCACCUUCUCCCAACCUGCGACCCCCAAACGUCUCCCCCCUAAACGUCUCCCUUUCACACGCACCUUCUCCAAACCUGCGACCCACAAACGUCUCCGCCCUAAACGUCUCCCCUUCACACGCAUCUUCUCCAAACCUGCGCCCCACAAACGUCUCCCCCCUAAACGUCUCCCGUUCACACGCACCUUCUCCCAACCUGCGCCCCACAAACGUCUCCCCCCUAAACGUCUCCCCUUUACACGCACCUUCUCCCAACCUGCGCCCCACAAAAGUCUCCCCCCUAAACGACUCCCCUUCACACGCAUCUUCUCCCAACUUGCGCCCCACAAACGUCUCCCCUUCACACGCACCUUCUCCCAAAUUGCGCACCACAAACGUCUCCCCCCUAAACGUCUCCCCUUCACACGCACCUUCUCCGCACCUGCGCCCCAUAAACGUCUCCCCUUCAUACACACCUUCUCCCAACCGGCGCCCCACAAACGUCUCCCCCCUAAACGUCUCCCCUUCACACGCACCUUCUCCCUACCUGUGA